CUGAUGCGGGAUGAGUCAGGCUGCAUGAUGUUGCCGCUCGUACUGCCAUUUCAUCAGCACAGCAAAGACACAGAUACGGAGCCGACACGGACGUGAUACCGGACGGCCCAUCCCGUUCAGAACCGAGCCGGCGGGUCCCAGCCGUCAGAGCACCACAUCCGCUCUUCCCGCACCUGCUCCGGGGUGCGCUUGUUUUGCGUCGGGCCUGGACAGCGGAUCGUCCUGACUGCAGGCCUGCGCCAGCCUCCGCUCUCCCGACGGUUCCGUUGUUUUUCUGCGUCCUGAGGCUCGAUUCAGCUGGACUUCUAGGUGCCAUGGAGACCACACCAGUCCGAUCCUGAUCAACAAAACCAGAAGAAGAGAAAAGAUCGUGGCCUGAAAGUCGACUGCAGCCCUGAUUCAAACUGACGACAGGAAGCAGACAUGGAGGCGAUCUGGCUCUAUCAGUUCCGACUGAUCGUGAUCGGGGACUCCACGGUGGGGAAGUCGUGUCUGAUCCGGAGGUUCACGGAGGGCCGCUUCGCCCAGGUGUCCGACCCCACGGUCGGCGUGGACUUCUUCUCCCGGCUGGUGGAGAUCGAACCGGGAAAACGGAUCAAACUGCAGAUCUGGGACACGGCGGGUCAGGAACGGUUCAGGUCCAUCACCAGAGCUUACUACCGCAACUCUGUGGGUGGGCUCCUCCUGUUUGACAUCACCAAUCGCCGUUCCUUCCAGAACGUCCACGACUGGUUGGAGGAAGCUCGCAGCCAUGUCCAGCCUCACAGCAUCGUUUUCCUUCUGGUCGGCCACAAGUGUGAUCUGGAAGCACAGCGCCAGGUGACCCGUCAGGAGGCAGAGAAGCUGGCAGGGGCAUACGGAAUGCGCUAUGUCGAGACAUCAGCCCGUGACGCCAUCAACGUGGAACAUGCCUUCACAGAGCUGACCAGAGACAUCUUCGCCCUGGUGCGAGCCGGCGACAUCACAAUCCAGGAGGGUUGGGAGGGCGUGAAGAGCGGGUUUGUCCCCAAUGUGGUCCACUCCUCAGAGGAAGUGACCAAGAGUGACCGCCGCUGUCUCUGCUGAGGGGUUGAACUAUGGGACUGGUAGCGAAAAGGAGGAAUCCCUAUGGAAUCAGGAGACCGGCUGAAGGACUGUGGUUUCAGCGCCCUGACUGAAAGAACUGAUAAAUCUCUCAUUCUGACUCAACACGGAGGAUUCAAAUUAAAAGGUUUGCUGAAGGAGAUAAGAACGUCUUGAGUGUGGGGUGAAAGCUUGAGGCUUGACCCCUCUAUGAUCAUAUAUCUUGUUUCAUGAGAGGAAAGAUCAGAGACACUCCUGUUCUUGCGAAGACUCCCGUAGUUGAAAAUCUUUAGGUUUUUGUUUGUUGUCUUCUUGGUCUACAUGCCUGAAGAACACUCAUGGACAGUCUUCAGGAAGGACGGACUUUGGAGGGGGAUCCAUUUAGGUUCUUAUUCAAAAUGAUGAUGAUGCUCUGGACUUGUUUCUUUUCAUCCCGUCCUGCACCUGUUAGCCUUGGUCUCUCCUCCGAUAUGCAAUUACAUACAAAAAGAUCAUGUUUACAUUCACGCGUCUGACAUCAUCUUAGCAUUCCCAAGUCAAAGAACUGUAGCCAUCACCUGUACUGUAGAGUCAACCUAUCUUUACCAAGUUGUGUUUCUCUUGCACCAACACCUUGCUCUACAUUCCACAAUUAAAGGUCCUUUUGUUGCUAGGGACUACAUCCUUAGUCUUUGGAAUCAUUGUAGCACCCAGUAUGCUCA